UCUAGAGUUUAUUUUUUUAACCUUUGGGCUGAAAAAUAAACCGAGACAAUAAGAGGACAUUUUUUAAAUUUGACUACCUUUUGCAGGUUAUACAUUUAAGGGUUAAAGUUUUGAUUUAGGUAACUUCCCGGCGCUUACUCGGGGUAGAAAAAAAGUAUUCAAUAUGAGAAGUUGUUUUUGUGCAAAGAAUUGCACGUGUUGUGGAAGUGGUGCUUGUGAAAUAGCAUAUCGUGUCCCAGCCAGAAGUGCACAUUUAGCUUUUGGCAUAGUGAUCUCGGUAAGAAUCCUAGGAUUUAAUACGUUGGUGAAUCCUUUCUAUAGGAACGAGUGAGGAAGAAUCGUCCGACUUAAGAGAUGGAUCGUUCUACAUACUUGGCCUCAUCUUACUCAUCAUCUUCUUCCUGGAUAAUGUCAUAAUGUGGUGGGAGAGUGUGAUGCUGCUGGCCUGUUACACUGUCUAUGUGAUAUGCAUAUGCAAGUUCAAUGUUCAAAUAGAGCGUACCUUUAAGACCCUACUCUUUAAAAACAAGAAGAUUGUGAGAACUUCUCUGGAGGAACCUGAAAAGGAGGACAUGGCAGCAGGAUAUGAUGGGUCAGGGGGCUCUGAAGAUGCUGGACGGGGUGGAGGCAGCAUUCACUUUAAUAAAAGUCAAAAUGACAAAGAAGAAAAAGAAAAAGAACAGGAGAAAGAAAAUAAACCUCUCUUAAAGUGGCCUCACACACGACGUAAACAAAUCACCUACCUCUUCCUGCUGCCCAUCAUCUUCCCUCUGUGGCUCACAGUUCCAGAUGUUCGCAACGAGAAAUCCAGAAAAUUCUUUGUGGUCACCUUCCUGGUCUCUAUUCUCUGGAUUGGUGUCUUCUCCUACACCAUGGUGUGGUGGUCCCAUCAGGUGGGUGAGACCAUCGGCAUCCCAAAGGAGAUUAUGGGCCUGACGAUCCUGGCUGCAGGGACUUCCAUCCCGGACCUCAUUACCAGUGUGAUUGUGGCGCGUAAAGGCCUGGGGGACAUGGUGGUUUCCAGCUCUGUGGGUAACAACAUCUUCAACAUCACAGUGGGUCUUCCAGUGCCAUGGCUCCUGUACGCAUCCUUCAACAGUUUUGCUCCAGUGGCCGUCAGCAGCAACGGGCUCUUCUGUUCUGUCGUGCUGCUCUUCAUGAUGCUCCUCUUUUUCAUCAUCUCAAUUGCUGCCUGUAAGUGGAAGUUGAAUAAGAUGUUUGGUUUUACCAUGUUCCUGCUCUACUUUACCUUUUUGGGGCUCAGCCUGAUGUUCGAGUAUCACAUCAUCGUCUGUCCUGUUUAGUGGGUGGGAAACGGCUUAAACUAUGUUGAAUUAUGUUUGUACAAAAGCUCAUGUUAAAAUGCAUAUUUGUUUGCUUUCUAUUUUUCCUUAAUUACUCCUUGAUUUGUAGGAUUUAUUAUUUGAUGGCAAGUGUAACAGUUUAAUCUGCUAUUAGCCAAUAAUGCUAAGUGUGACUCAGUUUUUGCUGUGACCCAAGGCUGCAGAUAUUCUGUGGCCCAAAUGAAGUAAAGAUAUUUCCAGGUCCUUAUGCAGAACUAUGAUCUCAAUUAUCUUUGAAAACCUGUUGCUACACUGCGUCUUCCCAAGAACUUAGAUGUAAACUUGAAGGGAGUGUGGUCAGUUCUGUAGGGAGUUUAGAUGAGUCAUAUUUGUACCAUAUAACCACAUCGAUGUCCUAAUGGUUAAACUGAUUUCUAUGAUGUUGAUUAUUUUUGUGGAAACAUUUUUGGAAUUUCAAAUACCCUAUUGCUCCAAAAGUAAAACACAUCUACUAUAAUGCAUGCAGCCACGGAAAAAAACGAGAGACCACUUCAGCAUUAUCAUUUUCAUUUUCAUCUCAUCUUUGAGUGAAAUUAUUAUUUUGUUUUUGUUUUUGUGUUCUAUAAACUACUGACAUUUUUUCUCUGUGUUGGAAUUCAACAGAGACUGUAAUGGCUGCCAUACAUGUAGAGAUAAAGAUUUGAGAAUAAUUUGGAGGGGGUCUCUUAAUUUUUUCCGGAGCUGUAUAUACUAGAGUAGAUAUAUAUUACAUUUGUACUACUAUUUUCACAUUAAUAUUUUAUAUCAAAAAAGCUUGAAAAAAUAAUAACCAUAUACACAGAUUUACACAUUUUACUCUUAAUAAUAUAUCUUUGUAUCCUCUGCCUGAUUUUGGAACCUUCAUUUCUCUUAAAUCUGUAUUUCUUAAUUUUAUUAUUAGUUUUGUUUGUUUAAUAAAAGCACAGAAAAAAGCC